UGUCGUUCCACAACCACCACAUUAACCUAAUUAAAUAACUUCAUUAUGUCUUUGAAUAUGAAACAGACAAAGGGAGUAAUCCAACCGUGUGGCGCUACCAAAAAAAUCCAGCAAUGCUUUUAAUGCUACAACAUGCCAGCUUCAACAUCAACACAGAAAAACUUUUCCUUUAAAAUACACAAAUAAACGACACAGAGAGCCUUUUUUUUAGUACGUGACAAUGGAGUUCCACUAUCUCAUCCUGUUAGCAACAGCUACACUGGGUUUAAUCUCUCUCUGCAAAUCAAUCGUCAACAUUUUCAUUUGGGUAUGGGUCAUUUUCUUGAGACCACCAAAGAAUCUCAAGCAAUAUGGAUCUUGGGCUCUGGUCACUGGCUCUACUGAUGGAAUUGGCAAAUCCGUCUCUUUCGAGUUAGCUUCAAAGGGUCUCAAUUUGGUCUUGGUAGGUCGAAACCCCUCCAAACUCGAAACCACAUCCAAUGAGAUAAUAGAAAAAUAUGGUACCCAAAUUUCAAUCAAAACCAUAGUCAUAGAUUUUGCUAAAUUGAGGGGUGAGGAGGUAGCUAGGAGUAUACAAGAAGGUAUAGAAGGGUUAGAUUUGGGAAUAUUGAUUAAUAAUGUGGGUUUGGCAUACCCUUAUGCAAGGUUUUUUCAUGAAGUUGAUUUGGAGAUGAUUGAGAGUGUUAUAAGGGUGAACAUAGAAGGGACCACUUGGGUCACCAGAGCUGUGCUUCCAUGUAUGCUCAAGAAGAAAAGAGGUGCAAUUGUCAACAUUGGUUCUGGUUCCUCUGUUGCUGUAUCGUCCUACCCUCUUUACACCGUGUACGCCGCCACCAAAGCGUAUGUUGCAAUGUUCUCAAAAUGCAUCAGCUUGGAGUACAAGAAACAUGGAAUUGAUAUACAGUGCCAGAUCCCAUUACUUGUAGCAACAAAGAUGGCGUCCAUUAAAAGAUCUUCCUUCUUCAUUCCAUCACCGGAGACAUACAGUAAAGCAAGCUUACACGUAAUUGGUAGCGAUCAGCAUCUUUGUAUGCCAUACUGGCCACAUUCUUUGCAGUGGAGCUUGAUGCAGGCACUGCCAGAUGCAUUAUUGGACUGGUGUCUCUUUCGUUACUUUCUCGGGAUGCGAAAGAGAGGGCUGCAAAAGGAUUCCAUGAACACUAAGGUGAAGCAGCAGAAGAAACAAUGACUUGGUGUUCUCCAAACUCACAUUUGUAUGAUUGUUGUAUUUCUUAGGUUCAAAUGAAGCCAUCUUUUUCUAUGUUUAGUACUAAAUUCCUUUUUAUGAGGGUAAGAAGUCCUAAUAGUGCUUCAUUUUACUACUUUAUUUUUCUGAAUUGCUGUUUAGACCUAUAUAUAAUGUAUGUUUAUAGUUAAAAUAGUUCAUAGAGGACAUCUAAAUUGGUCUCUCUCCUAUUCAGAGUUGUUGAAAUGGUAGCCAUAUUUGACCACUUGUUUUAA